AUGGCCAACCACAGCAACAGCAAAAGUGUUAACCAUGAUCCAGACGAAUUCUACUAUCUGAAGAUGGCCUUACAAGUUCUGUUUUCACUUUCCACUCUUUCUUUCUUAUUUUAUCACCCAUCACAACUAGCUCCUUUCUUUGUCCAAGCCUAUGAUUACUUUAGCUCCAAUUUUUCCAUCAAAGUGUUUACCUGCACCACUGAGAGAAACUUCAUAUUCCUUAUCUGCAAUGGGAUACUUGUGCUGAUCAUUCGGACAUCCGGGCUCGCAGGCAAGAUUGCGCCGGUCAAGAUAAGUCCAAAGGAUGUUAGUACUGAUGUUUGUAAUAUGGAGGAAGUUGAUGAAGCAAAAGGAGCAAAUGGUGCAAUGAAAGUCGAGGUCUUGGAAGUAAAAGGAAGCGAUCGUGUGGAGAAAGGAGUUGAUCCGGGCCUCGAGAUUGAAAAUCGAGAAAUUGAUCAUGAAGCACGAGAAGAAGAAGAUCCUGAUGAGAAUGAUGAUGAACAGCUGAGCAAGAUUGCGCCGGUCAAGAUAAGUACGAAUGAUGUUGGAAUUGAUGCUUGUAAAUUCGAUGAAACAAAAGGAGCAAAUGGUGUAAUGAAAGUCGAGGUCUUGGAAGUAAAAGGAAGCGAUCGUGUGGAAAAAGGAGGGAUCUUUGAUCCGGGCCUCGAGAUUGAAAAUCGAGAAAUUGAUCAUGAAGCACGAGAAGAAGAAGAAGAAGAUGAUGAUGAUGAUGAUGAUGAUGAUGAGAAUGAUGAUGAACAGCUGAGUAUUGAUGAAUUGAAUAAGAAAUGUGAAGAUUUUAUCAAAAGGGUGAAGCAAGAAAUUCAGGGUGUGUAG